CGAAUUACUCCAUGUCGGAUACCCCACCAGCUCACCACACCAAACACUUCCCUGUCCUUGCAUACCCAUUUAAAAACAUUGCAUUUCACCUCGUCCAGCGAGAUGAUGGUGCAAGCAACGGGACGGCUCUAUGGCUUGGUGCCCAAGUCCUAUCUAUCUACCUUGCUGCCGAAUUCAAGAGCAAAUCCAGGAAGAUUGUUGCAACUGGAAUGACUAGUGAUAUAUCGGUUCUGUAUGAUACAGUACGCCCCAAGGCCAUAGAACUGGGCAGCGGAAUCGGCCUCAUGGCUCUUGUGCUCGCCUCUCUAGGAUAUGAUGUCCUUGCCACGGAUACCGCGCACGUCUGCGCGUCCGUUCUGCGCACCAACAUUAAUGCCAAUGCGCACCUCGUCCCUGGGCAUAUCCAUGUGCGUGAGCUAGACUGGGGCGUUGACCCCACGGGGUGGAUAUGGGACGAUCCUGCGUCGAUCACAUCGUCAGCACAUUUGCCAAGAAGGGACGAUAAUGGCCGCGAUGUCAUCGCCCCGCCAUUCGAUCUGAUUGUAUCGAGCGAUACGAUCUAUGAUACGGCACUUGUUGCUCCUCUAUUCGAGACAAUCCACGCGCUGUCUGCUCUUUCAUAUUCCCCCGCUCACUCUCCACCAUCGUCACUUUCCCGAACUGAAUCGUCUCCUGCAAUCCCUUCCAUAUCCCCCAACUCCUCCAGAAAUCCGAUCAGCAAGCCUCCGGUCAUCUACCUUGCCGUCGAGAGGCGCGACCCCACACUCAUCACGACAGCGUUUACACGUGCCGGUGAAGAGUGGGGACUUUUGUUCCAGCGCAUCCCCGAGAAGAGGCUAAGACGCGCCGGUGUUGGUGUUGGAUGGGACGCUGGGGAGUGGGAGGGUGUGGAGGUGUGGCGUGGAAGGUGGGAUGGGGUCACAGGGGCUAUCAAGUAAGAUUGACAAUGGGCUGUAUGAAAGAUCAGAAAUGUGGGUGUUGGGAUUAUUGGUCGUCAUCCGGUUGAUGCUAUGUCAUUUUUUGUUGGUGCAAUUACCUCUGUUAUUAAAUUUUCUCUUA